AUGUUCAGAUUAGCCGCUCAAUCAGCCAUCCGUGCUUCAGUCAGAUCAACCGUUGCUAGAUCAGCUACUCCAUCAGUUGCCGCUUAUUACAAAGCAGGAGCUACUUCAUUCUUCCAACCUCGUUUUUAUUCCACAAAAUUAACCCAAGAUGAUGUUUUGCGUCGUAUUCAAGAAGCUACUAGUCAUUUAGUUGAAGCCAAAACUGAAUUAAAACCAGAACAAAAUUUGACUACUGAUUUAGGUUUAGAUUCAUUAGAUGCUGCUGAAUAUUUAAUUGCAGUUGAAGAAGAAUUUGAUAUCGAAAUGGAUGAAGAUACUGCUAACCAAUUGAAAACCGUUGGACAAGUCGUUGAGUACUUGGUCAACAACCCAGAUGCUAACUAA